AUGAAGAAUGGAGAAGUCCUCUUUGUUUACAAGGUGGGUUUGAAAAGGAAUAAGAAAUCAUCCCCUUUCCACUUAUUCAAUCCAGAAGAAGAGGAAUUUAGUGAGUUUAGAAUUAAGGGCUGCAAGAUUUUUCCCAACCGGAAUACACACAGGAAGAAGCUCAGGAAGCUUAACAAGAGAAGGUUAUCGGAAAAUCAAAAGGGGAUCGAAAGUUCAAGCCCAGCAAAAGACGAGUAA